AUCCCAGUUCAGAAGUCAAGUUUCUCUGCUACAUUUUUGAUCAGGCAGAUUUUUCAACGCUCCUCAAACGCCAUCAAGACGCGUCGCAGGACCCAGUGAAACUCACAUGUACGCCCCCAGUGUGCGUGCCUGAGGUUAAAUAGUCUUUUAGUUUGUAGUUUAUAAAGUUUUGAGUACAUAAACUGCACAGUUUGUCCGCAAUGAGCUCCCAGAUUACUUGUAUCGGGUGGGUAAAACGAGGCGUUGCCAAGGAAACCCCGGAUAAAGUUGAGUUGAGCCAGGAGGAGCUCCAGCGAAUCAUCACUGAAGCGAAAGAAGAAUUGGGGGAACUGGCAGCUGAGGACGAAGAAGAAGAUGCUGAGGGUGUACCUGCUGAAGAGAGUGAUACUGCUGAAGUGCCACAGGAUGAGAGUGAAGAAAGAAAGGAGGAGGGGGAUGAGCUUGCAGAGUAUGGCCUGGAUAAAUAUGAUGAAGAAGACGCAGUGACCGCUAAUCUUGGUGACAGCCUGGCUGGACUCACAGUGUUCAGCUCUAAUGAGGAGGAUCCUUACAUCACCAUCAAAGACACAGACCAGUAUGAGCGUGAGGACUUUCAAAUCAAACCCACUGACAACCUGAUCCUGGCAGGCAAAGCAGAGAAGGAUUGCUGCAAUUUGGAAAUCUUUGUUUACAACUCAGAGGAGGACUCCCUUUAUGUUCAUCACGAUAUUCUGCUGCCAGCCUAUCCACUGUGUGUGGAGUGGCUAAAUUUUGACCCAAAUCCUGCAGAAGGAACAUCUAACUAUGCAGCUGUGGGCAACAUGACCCCUCAGAUAGACGUGUGGGAUCUGGAUGUAGUGGACUGUUUAGAGCCGGCCUUCUCUCUGGGGAGCAAAAAAGCCUCAAAGAAGAAAAAGAAGAGCAAAAAGGGGGCAGCAGCAGAACCUGUUGAGGGGCACACAGAUGCAGUGCUGGAUUUAUCCUGGAACCAGCUGGCCAAGAACGUGUUGGCUAGCGGUUCUGCAGAUGAAACUGUUAUCUUGUGGGAUAUGUCUCAAGGCAAGCCAGCCACAACCCUGCGCAGACAGUAUCGAGAUUAUCGGUUUCCCCCCGGGCACCAAAGACAGUACGAAUACAACAUGUUCUACUGGCAUGUGAUCGCUGCCAAAAUGGCUUUUAUAAUUGUUGUGGAGCACAUUGUUUAUUUUACCAAGUUCAUCCUGGCCUACAUAAUCCCCGACGUCCCGUAUGCUGUUAAAGAACAAAUCAAACGGGAAAAAUACCUGACCCAGGUGAUCCUCCACGAGACCAACCUGAAUUUGUCCGCAAUGAGCUCCCAGAUUACUUGUAUCGGGUGGGUAAAACGAGGCGUUGCCAAGGAAACCCCGGAUAAAGUUGAGUUGAGCCAGGAGGAGCUCCAGCGAAUCAUCACUGAAGCGAAAGAAGAAUUGGGGGAACUGGCAGCUGAGGACGAAGAAGAAGAUGCUGAGGGUGUACCUGCUGAAGAGAGUGAUACUGCUGAAGUGCCACAGGAUGAGAGUGAAGAAAGAAAGGAGGAGGGGGAUGAGCUUGCAGAGUAUGGCCUGGAUAAAUAUGAUGAAGAAGACGCAGUGACCGCUAAUCUUGGUGACAGCCUGGCUGGACUCACAGUGUUCAGCUCUAAUGAGGAGGAUCCUUACAUCACCAUCAAAGACACAGACCAGUAUGAGCGUGAGGACUUUCAAAUCAAACCCACUGACAACCUGAUCCUGGCAGGCAAAGCAGAGAAGGAUUGCUGCAAUUUGGAAAUCUUUGUUUACAACUCAGAGGAGGACUCCCUUUAUGUUCAUCACGAUAUUCUGCUGCCAGCCUAUCCACUGUGUGUGGAGUGGCUAAAUUUUGACCCAAAUCCUGCAGAAGGAACAUCUAACUAUGCAGCUGUGGGCAACAUGACCCCUCAGAUAGACGUGUGGGAUCUGGAUGUAGUGGACUGUUUAGAGCCGGCCUUCUCUCUGGGGAGCAAAAAAGCCUCAAAGAAGAAAAAGAAGAGCAAAAAGGGGGCAGCAGCAGAACCUGUUGAGGGGCACACAGAUGCAGUGCUGGAUUUAUCCUGGAACCAGCUGGCCAAGAACGUGUUGGCUAGCGGUUCUGCAGAUGAAACUGUUAUCUUGUGGGAUAUGUCUCAAGGCAAGCCAGCCACAACCCUGCGCAGACACACUGAUAAGGUCCAGACGUUAACAUUCCACCCGUUUGAAGCCCAGACUUUGCUAUCGGGAUCUUACGACAAGUCAGCUGUACUUUAUGAUUGUCGGAGUCCAGACAGCAGCUAUCGGACGUGGAGGUUCAGUGGCCAAGUGGAACGUUUGGUCUGGAACCACUUUUCACCCUGCAAUUUCCUGGCGAGUACAGAGGAUGGUUUUGUCUACUGCCUCGAUGCACGCUCAGAUAAACCGGUGUUCACACUGAGGGCACACGAUGAAGAAGUGUCAGGGUUGGCCCUCAGCAGCCAGAUUAAAGGAUGCAUGGUCACCUCUUCAGCUGACAAACAUGUUAAGAUUUGGGACAUUUUAGGCAACAAACCCAACCUGGUGCACUCGCGGGAUAUGAAAAUGGGUGUGCUGUUUUGCGGGUCAUGUUGCCCCGACCUGCCCUUCAUCUAUGCCUUUGGGGGACAGAAGGAAGGUCUGCGAGUUUGGGAUAUAAGUGAUGUUGCAGCAGUGGCCGAGGUCUUUGGCAGUCGAGAACGCUUGGUGGCAAGUACGGGAUCACAGGCAUCCAGCACUGCAGCCACAUCUGACAUGGAGGUCUCCUAGUGAUAGUCUGGUUGAAAUGGAUAAACUGAGCUAAUGUGGAAACACAUCAAGCUGCCAUUCUUGAGGUUUCUUUGUGGAAGCUCCACUGAGAGGCUGGCCAACCUUUGAAAACCAGGCUCAAAGGAACCAAAGAGCUCAGUUCAGCUUCUCUCUUUCCACAUAUGAGGCCGCUGACAAGAACAUUUAAAGACUUGUUCAGGAAAGUCGAGAAACAGUUGCUCUUAUAUUAAUAUAAGUGGACUUCUUUGGAUUUUUGAAUGACUGGGUGAAAUUUAAAAUCAAGGCAGUUUUUUUAAUGUACAUUACCAAUGUAAUAUGCUGCUUAGAUUACCGGUACUUUCUCAAGAAAGCCAUGCAUACUGAUCUGAACAGUGGUUUUAUACCCUUUUCUGCUAAUAGAUAAAAACUUUGGAGGGGGGGAAGUCUGUACAGUUAUUUGAUUUGGCUCAAGUGUAAAAAUAAAUAAUUAAUGGACUCAUCCAACUUUCAUAUAUUCAAGAAAUAAACACAGUUCAUUAGA